AUGCUCAGGGGCGGCGUUUUGGUGCGCCUCUACUACCCGGCCGCCAACCAGUCGAAGACUCCUGAGGAGCAGCACCUGUAUUGGCCCAAUUGGCUGCCGCAGGAGGCCUACGGGCGCGGGUACGCCGAGGUGGCCACCAUUAAAUGGGAACCACUGUUCCGGUUCUUGCAGCGCAUGAAUGGCAACACAUUCAUACCGGCCAUACCUAACGCCAAGCCCUACAGGGAAAAGGAGGGCAAACCCUUCCCCACCAUAAUCUUCUCGCACGGUUUGGGCGGCUGUCGGACACUGUAUUCGGCGAUAUGUCUGGAGAUGGCGUCCCACGGGUUCAUUGUGGCGGCUGUGGAGCACAGGGACAACACGGCGUGUCUGUCCUUUUACGCCAAACAGAUCCGUUACUCCAUGAAAGAGUCGAAUCCAAACUUCUUCAGCGAAGUGGACGGCCUUACGGAAGACGAGCCCGACUUUGGCGAUGAGAUCGAUGACCCCAAUUACAUACCGCCCAAAGCGUUGGCAGCCGUGGUGUCCGUCCCGCACAUCGCCAUGGAGUGGGUUCGCUAUCGACACGUCCCGCUCGAGAAGACAAACCGCAAGAUCUAUACAUUCCGUAACAAACAGAUCCACCACAGGGUUAGGGAGUGUUCGCGCGCUCUGGACCUACUGGAAGCGCUUCAGGCGGGCUAUGAGUUGAACAACAUUCUGGACCCACUGUUCGACAUAACAGAGUUCGAGGGCCUCAUCGAUCUGGAGAAGGCCGUCAUAAUGGGCCACUCGAUGGGCGGCGCCACAGCCAUCAUGUCGGCCGGCGCUGAGUUGCGCUUCAAAGUGGCCGUCUGUUUGGACGCCUGGAUGUAUCCCAUCAAAGACGAACUCUUCGAUUUGGUCACUCAACCCAUUCUCUUCAUCAAUACCGCCAAUUGUGUCGAAAUGGAAGCCAAUUUGGAGAAAAUGAAGGAAUUGAUGGCAACCCCCGAGUCGUUGGUUGCCGACGAGGCCAACGAUCCCAACGCCAGCCCCGAAGAGAUGCGCAAAGCGGUCACCAUCAAAGGGUCGGCCCAUUUCAAUCAAACGGACGCCCCGUUUGUGUUCAAUUGGGUUACAAAGCUAUUUAUGUCCCGUUUUAAGACCCGGUCUAAGAGGGAUCGGUUCACAGUCCACGACUUGACCAACAAUUUGGCGCUUCAGUUCAUUAGUCAACAUUUGGACAUAACCAUUGAUGAAGACGUGGAGAGAUAUCUAAGCGAACAAAAGAAGAAGAUUAAGCCCUCAUUCAAAAAGUAACAAAAC